CCCAAAGUCGCAGCACCAGACUACACAUCUACUCACUUCGCACAUCCAGAGGCAACACCACCUGGAAUCCGUUGGGAAUCUCGGCAGAAGAUCAGCGGACAUUCCUUAUACCUAGAUCUGGUCAUCGAUGAUGUGACUCCUCCCCGCUCACGACGGCAGCCGUCCUCGGAGAUUCAUACGAUUGUAUAUCACGUCGAAUCCCACCCCGUAGUAGCACUGCCAAUACCGCCACCCUUAGGCAACGAUACACACGCGGGAUAGGAAAGGGCAGAACGCCUUUACACAUAAUCUUCGGCGACCGAACACUCAUCAUGGCACCAGAUGCUAGGUUAAGGGAGGACUUGGGGCGGAAACUGGCCAAGACGAGGGGAGGACGGCCCAGUCGAUCAUUCGAGGUUCCUGAACGACUACGCGAGGGCGACGAUGCGCAUGAAGAUGUCACAGCACCCAAAGGUGCGGUGCCGGGGAUGUAUAUGAAUCAAUCCAUCUUCUCCAUGGUCGCUGCUGCCGGGUCGAACGUUGACUUCACUGCAAGAUUCGACGAAGAGUCAAGUGACAGCAGCAGUGAAUCCCAUGAAAGCGACGACGAGACCUCCGACAAAGCCCAAAAGGAUGAUUUGGGCACCGCUUCCAAAGAAGCUAAGAUAAAGGAGAAGUCCCGGAAGGCCAAGCUCUUCAGAUCGAUGCCGAAGCUGAGGAUGAAGUCUCGCAAACAUAAGCUGAAGGAAACCGAUGAAGAACGAAUGUCCUCCUCCCAGAUACUCCCACCGAAAAAACAUGAUACAAACGAUGGCAAGGACGAUGCCGAAAGCGAUGAUGAAACAGACCAACCCAAUCAUGGGGGUGUGCCAGUGAUGAGCCGCAUGCUCAGAGCACGCGCGGAACUUGACGUGUCCGAGCAUCGUGGCGAUAAAGGCUCAAAAGAGGAUGUCGUCAUUGGCACGCAUCGGGGAAAACACUCCGUGAGCCUACCAGACCGCUUGAUGGAGAUUUUCGGCUUUGAGUCUCCGGAGGAAGUCAUCUCCGAAUACCCCUGCUGGCUGCUUCAAAGCGUGCUGCUCCAGGGUUAUAUGUACAUCACCCAGCAUCACAUCUGCUUCUACGCAUAUCUACCGAAACGCGACAGCGUCAUUGCGAAAUCCGGAUACCUGUCGAAACGCGGCCGGCAAAACCCAAGAUAUAAUCGCUAUUGGUUCCAACUGAGGGGCGACGUGCUCAGCUACUACACCGAUCAGUCACAGCCUUAUUUCCCGGCAGGCAACAUUGACUUGAGAUAUGGCAUAUCGGCGUGCCUGGACAAAGAUAAGGGCAGGGACAGCACAGGGUUCACCGUGACGACCGAUAAGCGAAGCUAUUCCUUCAAGGCCGAUAGCUCGACCAGCGCGAGGGAAUGGGUCAAGAAUCUCCAGAAAGUCAUAUUUCGGUCGCAUAAUGAUGGAGACAGUGUUAAGAUUUCCAUUCCGAUUCAGAAUGUUAUGGACUUGGAGGAAAACCCCGUCUUAGAAUUUGCGGAUACGGUCAAGAUUCGCGUGAUAGACAACGAUGAUACUUAUGUCAUAGACGAUUAUUUCUUUUCCUUCUUCAGCUUCGGCAAAGAAGCGCUUCAGAUCUUGCGCAUCAUGAUUGAUGCCAACGGGCUAAGUGCAACUGAGGAAGAGCCGGGGGCUGUGGAUACGUCCUCGCAAGGGGCGGUCCAGACUAUGACGCCGAACAGAGCAUCCCUUCACGUCCCUGGGUCCCCGGCCCCUCACUUUGAGAGUGUGAAAGCAACUAUCCGGCCUGGUAUGCCCCAGAGUCCCAGAGUGAGCGGGGAUAUGGGACGGAUGAGUUCGGAGCAUUUUCGACGAAGUUCUAGUCGUCCUCGAGCCAGCUUCGACAAAACCCGGACGAGUUUCAGCGUGAGUCCACGACCGCUUUCUCGUGUGGCAAAGAAAGAUGAACCGGAUGAAUCCCCUCAUCCUCAGCCUUCGACGGGGUCCAAUAAUUCGUUUAGCCCCGGGACCGAGUCGUCAGCGGCGAUCCAAUCAUUGGAUACGAACCUCUCCGCCAGCCAGAUUCUGAAUCGUAGCGAUGUCUUUCAACUGCCUACCCAGCUCGAUGCACCUCGAGUCAGCACUUCGGAGGUUUCUAUCGAACGAGGACGGAAGAUAUCGGAAGACACAACGAAGGUUCCAAGUUCUAAGCCGCAGCAUACUGGCCAACGAUCGCAGAGACCAGGGUACCUUGAUCGUGGUGACUCUUCGGGAGGAACGACCAACGAUGCCGAAGACGAUAGCAUUGCUGCCAGCGAUAGGUACCAGAAGGCAACGGCGUCAACCGCGUUGCAGGACAUCCGAAAGGCUGGCUCAUACCCAUUCCAGCGUGCAACCGAGCUUGCGUUUUUCCUCCGCUCCCGAUCUCAACGCGUGAGCACCAUGCUUGCUACCGAGAGUAUGGGUUACUACGAGAAAGUGUCGGGCAUGUGGGCUGGUGGCCACCGACACUAUAGCGCCCAUGGCACUCCAUUGGAUGAAGAAGGGGAUGAACAGGACGAGGAGGAUGCAACCAACCAUGGCGACCGGUUCCGUGCGCACUUUGCCUUACCUGCCUCAGAACCCCUUAUUGCCACGUACUUUGGCAACUUUCACCGGGUUCUCCCUUUGUACGGGAAGAUAUACGUUAGCAAUAAGCAUUUUUGCUACCGUAGCUUGCUUCCCGGAACGCGCACCAAGCUAGUCUUACCGUUCAAAGACAUCGAGAAUGUUGCGAAGGAGAAAGGCUACCGCCUUGGAUAUUCUGCCAUGGUUGUCGUUAUCCGGGGCCAUGAGGAGCUGUUCUUCGAUUUCCGGUCGGUUGGAACGCGGGACGACUGCGUCGUGACCUUGAUUCAACGGCUUGAAAAGCUUCGGUAUAUGGAAGAGCCUAGCGAUCUCACCUCGGAAGAAAACCAGGAAGUGGAAUAUGCAAAGUUGGAGAAUCGUCUGCUGCAGGAAGCUCGCGCUGAUGGGCACGCGGAGCAUGAUAUCAAGCUGCCAAGAGACACCCCGGCGGAACCUGAAGCCCCCAUGAUCCUGUUCGACGACGCUCGCGCUUCCAUCCUCAACUUCAAACCGACUGAACCAAUGCGCAUUACGUGCUUGACGAUCGGUUCUCGGGGAGAUGUCCAGCCCUAUAUCGCUCUAUGCAAAGGCUUCCUGGCCGACGGGCAUAAACCGCGGAUUGCAACGCACGCAGAAUUCGAACCCUGGGUACGGAAACAUGGGAUUGACUUUGCGCCGGUGGAAGGCGACCCAGCGGAGCUCAUGAGAAUCUGCGUGGAAAACGGCAUGUUUACGUACUCCUUCCUCAAGGAAGCCACCUCGAAGUUCCGCGGCUGGCUUGAUGAUCUGAUGUCCUCAGCCUGGACGGCUUGUCAGGACAGCGACUUGCUGAUCGAAAGCCCCUCGGCCAUGGCUGGCAUCCAUAUCGCCGAGGCGCUCGAAAUCCCAUAUUUCCGCGCUUUCACCAUGCCCUGGACGCGCACGCGGGCCUACCCGCAUGCAUUCACCGUCCCCGAGCAUAAGAUGGGCGGAGCGUACAACUACGUGAGCUACGUCAUGUUCGACACGGUCUUCUGGAAGGCCAUCGCCAAUCAAGUCAAUCGGUGGCGACGGAAGGAGCUCGGCCUUGGCGCCACCAGCUUGGACAAGAUGCAGCCGAACAAGGUGCCGUUUCUGUACAAUUUCAGCCCUUCCGUAGUGGUGCCGCCGCUCGAUUACAGUGAUUGGAUUCGCGUCACUGGCUACUGGUUCCUGGAUGAGGGUGGAGAAUGGCAGGUGGAUCAGGAGCUGGUGGAUUUCAUCGCGAAGGCGCGGGCAGACAACAAGAAACUAGUCUACGUCGGCUUCGGUUCCAUUGUUGUCGAGGACCCUGCCGCCCUGACCAAGACGGUCGUCGACUCCGUCAUCAAAGCGGACGUUCGCUGCAUCCUCUCCAAAGGCUGGUCCGAUCGACUCGGCAAAAAGGACGCCAGCAAGCCCGAGGUGCCAUUGCCACCCGAGAUCCUGCAGAUCAAAUCCGCGCCGCACGACUGGCUAUUUCGGCAGGUCGACGCCGCAGCGCACCACGGCGGGUCGGGGACCACGGGCGCCAGUCUCCGCGCCGGAAUUCCCACGAUCGUGAAGCCGUUCUUCGGCGAUCAGUUCUUUUUCGGGUCCCGGAUCGAAGACUUGGGCGUGGGGAUCUGCCUCAAAAAGAUCAAUACGAGCGUGUUCGCACGGGCUUUGUGGGAGGCCACGCAUAGUGAGCGGAUGAUCGUUAAGGCUCGGGUUCUAGGGGAGCAGAUUCGACAGUCGAUGAUCGUUGAUGCUAACACAAGACAGGAGGAUGGCGUUGGGCAUGCGAUCCAAACUAUCUACCGUGACCUGGAGUACGCGAAAUCCCUGAUCAAGCGCAAGCACAAAGCGGGCCCCGAUGGGGAGCUGUUACCCGAUGACUUUGAAGAGACAUGGACGUUUCUAGGGGAUGAGUUUGAUCGGGAAUUACUACGGAAGCAGGCCAUGGAAUGGGAACAGAGCCAAACCGGCGGAAGAGGAUAUGGCAGCGUCGUCCCCAAGGCUGCUGAGGUGGGCAAACAGGCGGUCAAAUCCGCGUCAUAG